AUACGCACCAGCAUGUGCAACAGCCGCAGCCACAGCAGAUGGCGAGACCCCAGACGAAUCAGUAUGCAAGAAGGUUCGAGGAUCAACCUCAGAGAGGUGUAUUCCCCGGACAAGGCGUACCCAUGGAUACAGACCGACAGAGUCGGUUCAGAUUAUGUUACGGAUGUGGCCAGCCGGGUCAUAUCGCAAGGAACUGCCCUCUGAAGAAAGUUGCAGCUAGAGAAGCAACCACAACCCAGGAGGAGACGAAGACGAAGGAUUUUCUCGAAGGUCAGGAGUAAGCACGGACUCUCUGACCAGUAAGCACGGUUCGGAAAAUGUAUUUGUAACUGAUAAAUCAAAACAUGUUU